AUGUCUGAAUUUAUAGUAACAAUUCUCAAACUAAAAGAAAUGUUUAUACAAAAACUGCAGUUGGAAGAAAAACAGGAGCUAAUAAGAGAAAUAGAAAGCUGGCAAAGGCAAAUAGAUAUAAUGCAAAAUAUUAUUAUAUGUUGCGGAUUGAACAUCAACCGAAGUAAAACUAAAAAAGUAAAAAAGCUAACUGAGGCUGAGCAGUCGCCAGCACGUCCUUGGGAGACUAGACGUCUUAAAGCAGAGCUUAUAUAUUUGAAGGUGUCAAAAUUAGAAGAUGUUGAUUUUGGCAAAUUCAAAAGUAAGAUACAGGAUGCAGAAACACAUCUACAGGCGGUACGUAAAAGUGAACAAGCGGCUGAACAAGAUUUGGUAAGAAUGCAACGUGUGUUGAAUGAUCUUAAGCAGUAUUCAGAAGAUAUAAUACAAAAGCUUCAAAAAGCAAAAGAUGAUAUAGAAACAGAAGCACGUCAAAUGAAAAAUUGUAUGACAAACGAAUUAGAAGAAUAUCGACUUCAUACAGACAAGCUCUCAAUGGAAUUACAAUUACUUACUAAUGAAAUGUCUGAUUUGGAAAGUAAAAUCGUUUCAUAUGGGGACUGGAAAAAAAUAACGAAGAAUAACCAUGCGUGCCUAUCAAGCUUUCCUGAUAUGGAAAAAGAAGUCGAGUUCUUGCGUGGCAAAAACAAAAAUUUGCAUGAACUGAUACGUGAUAAUCUAUUGCUGGAAGAACAAGUCUAUGGUUUAAAAACGCAACUCAAAAUUAAAGAUCCUGAAGACACACUCAGUAAAAGCGAAGCUGAAGCACCUGAAGAAAUAUUCAAUGAGAAUAUUAAUAACAAAAAUUACAACGAAAAGGAAUCCGCAGAAGAUGAACUUCUUGGUAUAUCAGCCCGGCAGAGUGUUCACUCAUGA